GAGACGACCACCCAAAUAAAAGGGACUUUACUUCUUUAUUGUUGCCCACAAGUGGAAUACAAGUGUGUUGAUUAUGGAUGAGGAGCAUUCUUGUGGUGGUGGUGCGAAUGUGGAAAAAAGUUCCGCGGUUACGGUUACGCCGUUUUCCAUUAAGGAUAUUUUAAGUAAGAGGAGUAAGGAGGAGGAUUGUGAGAUUCAGGAAGCUGCGUUGGAUAUGUCAAAAAAUCAGACCUCAGAAGAACCUCUGUCUACUUUACGAGCGAUCCAGGCCGGCUAUGCGUCGCCCAGCCAAUCAGAGGACUCGGCCAGAGAGCCCGGCCAAUCGAACCGCAAGAAAAGAUCGCGCGCCGCGUUCACGCACGCACAAGUGUUCGAAUUGGAGCGCAGAUUCAGCCAGCAACGGUAUCUCAGCGGUCCCGAAAGAGCCGAUCUCGCACAAGCCCUGAAGCUGACGGAAACGCAGGUCAAAAUAUGGUAUCAAAAUCGUCGCUACAAGACCAAGAGGAAGCAGAUGCAGCUGCAAGAGUCCAACUUGUUGAGUCAGAAUGCCAGGAAGGUGGCCGUGAAGGUGCUGGUCAAAGACGAUAUGCCUUUGUUUUUGCAACAGAAGGCGCCCAUGUAUCAGAAGAGCCCAUUCUACGGGGAACCAAAGAGUGACUAUUUUAUGUACGAUCAAAUCAACAAACAAAAAUACCCGAAAACUCUUCAAGAGAGUAUGUUGAGUCUUUGCCAACAAUAUUCCAAUUCAAUGCAAAUUUUCCCAUACUUCAAUUACUAUCAUCCCUCUUUACUAGGAAAUACAGCACAUCAAGAGGAAGAUAUACAUCCUGAUACUAGAGAACAAAAUUAAAAUUAGAUCUUCACAAUCCUUUCUACUUAUUUUCACUCUCAUCAUUUGGUUUCGUGAUAUUUUUUCAAUAUUUUUGUACAUAGUAGCGUUAAGGUGCAAUAAUUAGGUAAACCACUAUAUUUAUUGUAA